AUGUUAAAAAUCAAGGUUAAAGUAGGAGGAACAGGAGAUAAAAAGAAUACACAGCCAAAAAUCAAGGCUAAAUCAUCAGGAUUAGCACAAAAUAGCAGUGGAACAAAGAUUCGUCUAAGGGCAUACCGAGAAUCAGGAUUAGGAUAUGAUUCAGAGGCAUCAGAUAGAGAAGAUGAUCCACAUAUUGAGCAGCAGUUUAUUCUAAGAAUGUGUAAGGGAGAAGAUCUGGAGUAUUUAAGGAAAGCAGUUGAAGAAAAAACGAUUGGAAAUGGAGCAGAUUUUUCUAUAAAAUUUAAAGACAACCGGAGGGCAGUGGUUUUUGUGAAUGGGCAUAUGUAUUCAGCAAAGUUGGUAGAUUUACCAUGUAUUAUAGAAUCUAGCAAGACAUUUGAUAGAAAGACGAUAUAUAAAGUAGCAGAUAUUUGUCAGAUGCUUUUAGUUGGAGAUAGGAUUGAGGAUGAAGAGGUGGUAACGGUGGUUCCGAUAAAACAUUCAGAAUACGUGUAUCCACAUGGGUUAACGCCUCCAUUAAAAUGGGUGAGGAAAAGACGAUUUCGAAAGAGACUUUCGCAUAAGACAAUCGAAAUGAUUGAAGCAGAAGUGACUAGACUGCUUUCUUUGGAUGCUAUAGCAGAAUCAUCAACGUAUGAAGUGAUUCCUGCUUCUUUUGUUAGCAGAGAAGGGUCUCUUUCUCUAGACAAUGAAUCAUCAUUUGAUACCAAAAAUUUAUAUAAAAAAGUAGGAUAUUACGAAAAUACAGAUACAGUAGAUAUAGAAAGUGAGAAUUAUAAUGAAGCAGAUGAAGAUUAUCUUGCAGAUCAGUUAGAACAGGCGAUGAUGGAAGUCGAUAAUAGAGAGGAAAGUCAGGCUCCUACGUUUACAAAGGAAACGGAAACACCUCAAGAUGACUCAGGAAGCGAUGAUAAUGAAGAUUCGAGCGAAGAAAUGGACGAAGAAAUGAGAUGGGCUGCAGAUCAUCAAAGAUUAUUGGAUGAUGAAAUAGCAGAACUUAAUGCUACAAUUGCUUCAAAUUUGGAAAAAUUAAAAACGACUACAAAUCCAAUACUUCAAAAGCGUUUUGAAGAUAUCGUUAGAAAACUUAGGUCUGAGUUAGAUCUUAAACAAUCCCAAGAUGAAAAUAAAACAUAA